ACAGGAUUAAUCUUCUGCUAUAUCAAUGUAGCACACUCGUCGAGUGUUGUUGGUUCAAAAAAAAAAGAAAAUGCCCCUUACCAUCUUGCCCGGGCCCACACUGGCAGUGGCCUCGCCGUCGGCACAAUGCCAACGUGCCUUGUACCUUGCUCCUUCUGUUCUCGUGUGAAGGAAGAAGCCGCUGCUGCCCCCCACACGAUUGUCGCGUUCCGCGCGCUGGCAGCAGCUAUAGCAGCCGUCGUUGCACCUGUCACUCGAGUACUUAACGGUCAGCUGAUCGAUCGAGCAGCUCAGCUCAGCUCAGCACCACCACACAGGGGAGAUAACUCAACUCAACUCAACUCAACUGGGAGGAACGACGUACGUUGUUCGGCCAUCAUGCUGCCGACCUUCUCGCCGACGGCGAGCGCCUCGGCGGCGACGCCUCCGCCGCGGCCGAUACCAGGCAGCUACGGGCCGCCGGUGAUCGGCGCGCUCCGGGACCGCCUGGACUACUUCUGGUUCCAGAGCCAGGACGAGUUCUUUCGGCGGCGCGCCGCCGCGAACCGGAGCACCGUGUUCCGCACCAACAUCCCACCCACGUUCCCCUUCUUCGUCGGCGUCGACCCGCGCGUGGUCGCCGUCGUGGACGCCGCCGCCUUCACCGCGCUCUUCGACAGCACCCUCGUCGACAAGCGCGACAUCCUCAUCGGACCCUACAACCCCGGCGCCGGCUUCACCGGCGGCACCCGCGUCGGCGUCUACCUCGACACGGAGGAGCCCGAGCACGGGCGCGUCAAGGAGUUCGCCAUGGCCCUCCUCCACCGCGGCGCCCAGGCCUGGCCCGCCGAGCUCCGCGCCGCCGCCGACGCCAUGCUCGACGCCGUGGAGGCCGACCUCCUCGCCAAGCAGCAGCAGGCCACCGGCGGCAAGGCCUCCGCCAGCUACCUCGUGCCGCUGCAGCAAUGCAUCUUCCGGUUCCUCUGCAAGGCGCUCGUCGGCGCCGACCCCGCCGCCGACUGGGUAGUGGACAGGUUCGGCUUCACCAUCCUGGACGUGUGGCUGGCCGUGCAGCUCCUGCCCACGCAGAAGGUGGGCGUCAUCCAGCCGCUGGAGGAGCUGCUCAUCCACUCCUUCCCGCUGCCGUCGUUCGUGAUCUGGCCGGGCUACCACCUGCUCUACCGCUUCGUGGAGAAGCACGGCGCGGAGACCGUCGAGCUCGCGGCCAGGGAGCACGGCAUCGGCGAGAAGGAUGCCAUCAACAACCUCCUCUUCGUGCUCGGGUUCAACGCGUUCGGCGGCUUCUCGGUGUUCCUGCCGUUCCUGGUGGCCAAGAUCGGCGAGGCCUCUGACCCGGCGGCGGGGCUGCGGCGGCGGCUGCGGGAGGAGGUGCGCGCCACCAAUGUCGGCGGCGGCGACGCCGUGUUCGGGUUCAAGGCCGUCCGGGGGGAGAUGCCGCUGGUGCGGUCGACGGUGUACGAGAUGCUCCGGAUGCGGCCGCCGGUGCCGCUGCAGUUCGGGCGCGCGCGGAAGGACUUCGUGCUCCGGUCGCACGGCGGCGCCGGCUUCCAGGUGGCCAAGGGCGAGGUGCUGUGUGGGUACCAGCCGCUGGCGAUGCGGGACCCGGAGGUGUUCGACCGGCCGGAGGAGUUCGUGCCGGAGCGCUUCCUCGGCGACGAGGGGCAGGCGCUGCUGCAGCACCUCUUCUGGUCCAACGGGCCGGAGAACUCGCAGCCGGCGGCCGGGAACAAGCAGUGCGCCGCAAAGGAGGUGGUGGUGGACACGGCCUGCAUGCUCGUCGCCGAGCUCUUCCGGCGGUACGACGACUUCGAGGUGGAGGGCACGUCCUUCACCAAGCUCGUCAAGAGGCAGCCGGCGGCGAGCUCGAGCUCCUUGUCCCCCGCACCCGCCGCAGCGGCGGAGCCAAGUGUCAAGUGAGUGAGGAUCCACGACACGACUAGUAUGAUCGAUCGAUGCAUGUCUUUCGGCCGUUGAAAAUAAUUAAGCACUUGUGCCAUUGCAAAGUGUAUGUAUACCACAGACUGUAUAGUGAAUGAUUAGUAGUGAUGCAAACAAACAGCUAUAUAUCUCCUCAAUUUUCGCUUAAAUCAUUUGCUCACUACUUAGUGGGACGUGACGCGUCUAUUGAAGCGAUGCACCUGUGCUGACUUCGUCAACGUUUAAGAUCUACUCCUACUGGCCUAGUGAGUAGUGAGUUUGUGUGAGCGUGUGCAAAGUGUACGUAACCUUAUCAUUUAUGUUGACUAGUAGCCUAGUCUCCUUGAGAUGUUCA